GAAAAACUUGGGGACCACAUCUCUCAGGUUGCCCGUCUCCCCAGAUCGCCUCUCCCCGAAAAUCUCACGGGAAAGCGAAACCCCUGCCGGCAAACCGUCGAGCACCUUGCCUGCUGAAGCCUCGCGCCUGAAUCCCCCCCCCGCCCCCCGUUGCUGCGCACCCCGCGAGAUGGUCUCCAUGGCGGCCGCCGUGGGCGUGCUGCUGCCCUUCCCGUUCUACUACGCGCUGUGGACCCACCCGCAGCGGUGGGUGGACCUGUGCGGCCGCGGCGCCGACUCGUGCCGCCGCAUGGCGCAGGUCUCCCACGUUCUCAAGGCGCUCCAGCUCCUGGCCCUCGCCUCCGUCGCCUCCUUCUCGUGGCCCCCGCCGCUCUACUGCCCCGUCCUCCUCGCCGUCGGCCAGUACCUCAACUUCAAGGUGUACCAGCUGCUUGGUGAGUCUGGUACCUACUACGGCGUCCGGUUUGGAAAGAAGAUCCCGUGGGUGACGGAGUUUCCCUUCGGCUACAUCAAAGACCCGCAGUAUGUCGGGAGCAUGCUCAGCCUCGCCGCGCUCCUGUGCUGGGUUCCGCUCCCGUACGUGCUGCUGUGGUGCCUCGGUUACGUUUUCAUGAUGUGGAUCGAACACAAGGAAGACCCUGCCACCCGUGCGAAGCCGCUCUCCUGAUCGCUUCGUUGUUGCAGGUGAUGGUUUCCUACAGUCGCCCCAGUGACAGUGCCUGAAUCUUUCUUUCUCAAAUCCUGGUGUAUGGUUGCUGGGAAGCGAUGUGCAGUAACUUUGUACCUCGUGUCAAAGUACUCUGGCACCCUCUGUUUCUAGAGUAAAAUUCGUGUCAUGAACAUUGUUGGUAACCUCACCAAUAUGGUGCUAGGGUGCUCCGAUCUUCUCCCAUUCUACGUA